AUGGCUAACAUCCCCGCGAUUCCACAGUCCUCCUCCGAACGGACGCCCCUCAUCCCCGACCGCCGCGAGGCCGGUGACGACGACAAUGCCGCGGACACUACCUCCCCGCCGCCUGGCUCCUCGCGGCUCCGCGAGAUAAUCCUCUUCGUCUGGGCUCUCCUCGCCACCGCUGCCGUUGUUGUCCUCGCCGUAUGGACUCAACACCGCGGCCAGACACGCUUCGACCCCCCCGCUGACGCGAAGCGCAACCUGAUCUUCAUGGUCUCGGACGGCAUGGGGCCCGCCUCGCUCUCCCUCACUCGCAGCUUCCGUCAGCACGUCGAGGGCCUUCCCGAGGGCGAUGUCCUCACUCUCGACCGCCACUUCUGGGGUUCCAGCCGCACCCGCUCCUCGAACUCGCUCGUUACUGACAGCGCCGCCGGCGCCACCGCCUUCUCUUGCGGAAAGAAGAGCUACAAUGGCGCCAUUUCCGUACUCCCCGACUACGAGCCCUGCGGCACCGUCCUCGAGGCCGCCAAGCGCGCCGGCUUCAUGACGGGCUUGGUCGUCACCACCGACAUUACCGACGCGACACCCGCCUGCUUCGCCAGCCACGUCAUCACCCGGGCCAUGAACGACGACAUUGCCCUGCAGGAGGUUGGCGAUGGCCCGCUCGGCAGGGUCGUGGACAUCAUGCUUGGCGGCGGUCGCUGCCAUUUCCUCCCCAACGGCACCGAGGGUAGCUGCAGGCUCGACGACACUGACGUCGUCGCCAGGGCUCAAGAGAAGUUUGGCUGGACCUAUGCCGGCGACCGCAAGGCCUUUGACGCUCUCGAGGGCGGCGAGAAGGUCAACUUCCCGACCUUCGGCCUGUUCGCCCCCGGCGACAUCCCCUUCGAGAUUGACCGCCGCAACAUGAGCGAUGUCUACCCCAGCCUGAGCGAGAUGGCCGCGACGGCGCUGCGCGCUCUCGAGAAGGCGACGGAGAACAGCGACCAAGGCUUCUUCCUGAUGAUUGAGGGUAGCCGAAUCGACCACGCCGGCCACAUCAACGAUCCCGCCGCCCAGGUUCGCGAGGUCCUCGAGUACGACAAGGCCUUCAAGCUCGUCUCGGACUUUGUCAAGGACAGCAAGACCGAGUCCCUCUUGGUGGCCACCAGCGACCACGAGACCGGCGGCCUCGCGACUGCCCUGCAAGAGCCCGGUCACCUGCCAGUCUACAACUGGUACCCCAAGGCGCUCGCAAAAGCCACCGCCUCCGCCGAACAUCUCUCAAAGAAAUUCAUCCAGCACGUCGCCAGUAGCAGGUCCCAAAACAAGGACGAGCUCAAGGCCUGGGUCAACAAGAAGCUCGUUGUCCCUGGCCUGGGCAUCGAGGACGCCCACCCGGCGGAGCUCCAGGCGCUCGUCGACCACCCCGAGGCCUCGGUCCUGACCUUUGCCGCCAUGAUCAGCCUCCGCGCGCACGUAGGUUGGAGCACCCACGGCCACACGGCGCUCGACGUCAACGUGUACAGCACCGGCGGCGACGAGGCCCAGAAGAUCCGUGGCAACAUCGAGAACACCGAGAUUGGCAAGUUCCUGCGCGGGUACCUAAACGUCGACGUGGAUGCCAUCACGGAGGAGCUGAAGGAGAAGAUGAACAAGAAGCAGCUGGGCGUCAUGAGUGUGGACAUGCAGCAGAUGCCGGCCCUAGCUGAGGACCCUAACGCGUGGAGUCAGGGCCAAGAGUACGCUCACCUAUCGAAGGCUGGCGCGGCCUGA